UGCGACGCUGCUUGCUGCCGGGGAAACGGAGUUCUGAGGGUGGACGGAAUUGUGCCGGUGGACUAAAAACUCCCGCCAUUUCGACAAGGAAUUAACCUCUUGAUUGAUCCCGGUUACUGUUUCGCGAGAGUUGUUAGCGUUGUUACCUGAUACGAAGAAGCUCCGACAGUAUGAAAAUGCAACAAAGACAAUUACUUACGCGAGAACAGGCCUAGUUUGCAAAGACUUUGGGAGUUGCACAGCGCGCCAGACCUCUCCUGCUUCGGCUGCGAGUUUGAUUUCGGUGCGGUUUGAAUCCUUUCACGUUCAUCCGGAGGAGCUAAAAGUUUACCAACUAUCGUCUAUCAACCUGUUUUGUAUCUCAAGACACUGUGUAUAAACCCCAACAUGACGCCGCUGCUACAGGAGAGGAGACGGCUGCGGUGAGGCGGGAGGCAAGAAGCGCUCUGUUAUUGUUUUGCCUCGGCUAGCUGCUCCGCUAGCUGCUCCACGUUGAGCGCCGGGCCUGCCGGCGGUAACGUGAUACGUGCUAUCGUUAGGCUGAUUAUUUCGUUGCACUUUGGAUACAUGCGAAGGACAUACUUUUAUAUAUUAUUGUGCUAGUUUGUCGCUAGAAGAUCUGAUUAUAUCUUUUGGCACCAGUGCCAUUUGUGGAGUUUGCAAUGGCACCGCUUCUGGGCCGGAAACCUUACCCACUAGCUAAGCCGCUAGCCGAGCCGCCAGGCCCGGGAGAGGAGGUGUACAUCAUCGAGCACACCAAGGAGGCCUUCAGGAACAAAGAAGAGUAUGAGGCACGCUUGCAGAGGUAUGGUGAGCGCAUCUGGACAUGCAAGAGCACCGGGAGCAACCAGCUGACGCACAAAGAAGCAUGGGAGGAGGAACAAGAAGUCACCGAACUGCUUCAGGAGGAGUAUCCUCAGUGGUUCGAGAAGCCGAUCCUGGAGAUGGUCCACCACAACACAGUGUCUUUAGACAAACUGGUUGAAAUGGCAUGGGUGGAAAUCCUCACCAAGUACGCUGUUGGUGAAGAAUGUGACUUCCUGGUGGGGAAGGACAAAAGUUUACGAGCAAAGGUGGUAAAGAUUCAUCCCCUAGAAAACUCAGAGGGGGAGACAGGGGAGAAGAAGCUUGAAGGUGCCUGUGACUCUCCAUCCAGUGACAAGGAGAACGCAAGUCAGGAGAACCAGAGGAAGGAACCUCCUCCUCGUGAGGAGGAGAACAGGAGGGAGAGUCUCAGCGACAGAGCACGACGUUCACCAAGGAAACUUCCCACUGCCAUGAAGGAAGAGAGGAAGAGAUGGGCGAUGCCCAAAUUCCUUCCCCAUAAAUACGACGUGAAGCUCAUCAAUGAGGAUAAGGUGAUCAGUGAUGUCCCAGUGGACAGUCUUUACAGAACGGAGCGCCCUCCAACAAAGGAGAUCAUGCGCUACUUCAUCAGGCACUACGCUCUGAGGCUGGGCAUGGGAGAGAGUGCCCCCUGGGUGGUUGAAGAUGAACUGGUGAAAAAGUUUAAUCUGCCCAGUAAAUUCAGUGACUUUCUUCUUGAUCCACACAAGUUUUUAGCGGAGAAUCCCUCAGCAAAGCGCAAGAGCUUGACAUCCCCUGAGGGUAAACCUAGCAAAAAGCUGAAGACCCCUGACACACCUGGAGAGGAUUCAGGAAAUGAGAAGGGAGAGAAGAAAAGGAAGAAGAAGAAAGACGCUCUGGGGAUGCCCCUUAGUCCUACCAUCUGGGGCCACAUGCAGAAAAUUAAAAUGAAUGGUUCCCCACUCAAGGUAAAGAACUCUGGAACUCCUAAAAAAGGAGAAGGGAAAAGCUCGACUCCAUCCACUCCAAAAUCAGGCAGAAAAUCUGGGGAAAAGAAAGAAGGAAAGAAAACUGGAAAGAGCGGUGAUAAGAAGCUCAACGUCCUCAAAGCUUCUAAAAAGGAUGGGAAAGCUGGUGCCAAAACACCAAAGAUGAAGCAGAUGACUCUGCUGCAUCUGGCUAAGAGCACCCCUGCUGGCAGCCCUAAGAAGCGAGCCCGUAGUACUGGCAUGGGUACACCUAAGCUGGGGAAACCAUUGCACCCUAUGGCUCUCCACCUCCUUCGUUACUAUAAGGAGAACAAGGGCAAAGAGGAUAAAAAGAACUCGCUUUCCUCCCUCAUCUCAAAGGCUGCAAAGACCUUGUCGCCAGAUGACCGGGGCAGACUACCCGAGGAGCUCAAGGAACUGGUGCAGAAACGCUGGGAGCUGCUGGAGCAAAAAAAGCGAUGGGCAGCCAUGAGUGAAGAGGAAAGGCAGGAAGAGAUGAAGAAGAAGCGUGAGGAACUCAAAGAGAAACUGCGAGAAAAAGCCAAGGAGAGGCGCGAGAAGGAGAUGCUGGUCCGUCGAGAACAAUCACGCAGAUACGAGGACCAGGAGAUCGAAGGUGGCAAGACCCUGCCCACAUUCAAGCUCGUAGACAUGCCCGAGGGGUUGCCCAACACCCUAUUUGGCGAUGUGGCUAUGGUUGUGGACUUCCUUAACGCCUAUGCUGGGCUGCUGAUGCCAGAUGACCAGUAUCCCAUCACAGCAGUAGCACUGAUGGAAGCACUGGCUGGGGAACGCUCAGGCUUCCUCUACCUGAACCGCGUGCUGGUGGUGCUGCUCCAGACGCUGUUGCAGGACGAGCUGGCAGAAGGCUACAGUGAGCUCGACAUGCCCUUAUCCGAGAUCCCCCUCACCAUGCACUCAGUGUCGGAGCUGGCUCGGUUGUGUCUGCGGCCAUGUGACGCUCACGGUGAGGAGAGCGGCCAGGGAUCAGAGGACGCUGGUGCAUUGGGUGGCUUUGAUGACGUGGUGACAAGUGAAUUCCUGGAGAAGCUCGAGACAGUUGAAGUGUUUGAACUUAGCCCCGAGGAGAAGGUCAACCUGCUGGUGGCGCUGUGCCACCGCAUCCUCAUGACCUACUCAGUAGAAGACCACGUCGAUUCAAUGCAGCAGCGAUCGGCCGAGCUGUGGAAAGAGCGUCUGGCAAUGCUCAAAGAGGUCAACGACCGCAAGAAGGCUGAGAGGAAGAAGCAAAAGGAGAUGGAGGUCAAAGGGGAGAAGAAAAAAGAUGGGGGAGCUAAGAAGGAGAGCAAAAAGGAAGUAAAGGUGGAGCCGGAGCCGGAGCCAGAGGACAUGAUCAGCUCAGUGAAGAGCCGGCGGCUGAUGGCCAUGCAAGCCAAGAAGGAGAAGGAGGAGAUGGACAGACAGAACAAAGAGCGCAUGGAGAAGGAGGCUGAGGAGGAGCGCAUGCGUAAACAGAGGGCUGCUGCAGAGAGGAACUUUCAGGAUGGUAUAACCAAAGCCAGACUUGUGAUGCGCAGGACGCCACUGGGUACAGACAGAAAUCAUAACAGAUACUGGCUUUUCUCUGAUGUGGUUCCCGGUCUGUACAUUGAGAAAGGCUGGGUGCACGAAAGCAUCGACUACAGCUUCACCCCUCCGCCUGAGGAAAAACCAGCUGAGCCUGAGGCACCGGCGGUGGCGGCGGCGGCGGUGGAGGAGGAGGAGGACGGCGAGCCGGCUGCUACUCAAGAUUCACAAGGAGCUGAAAAGGAUGAUGGAAGUGUAGACGGUGCUAUUAGUGAAGGCGCCCAGCAGGGAGCAGCAGCAGAUGUCUGUAUAGAAACUACAGUUCCCAAACAGGGACAGAACCUCUGGUUCAUAUGUGACAACCCAGCUGAGCUGGAUGAACUGCUGGAAAGUCUUCAUCCUCAGGGGGUUAGAGAGAGUGAACUGAAGACAAAGAUACAAAGCAGGUACCAGGACAUCCUCCACUCCAUCCAUCUGACCCGUAAGGGCAAAAUGGGCCUCAGGACCUGUGAUGGCUACGCAGAGCUGCUCAAAUACCUGCGCAGUGAUAUUCAGGAAGUAGCCUCGCGACUCCAGAAGGGAGGCCUGGGAUACCUGGAUGACAAUGUCGACAUCGAAGAUCAGUUGAAAGAAAAGGAGAGCUUGAAAGAGUUUGGAGAGUGCAUCAUCACCAUUCAGGCCUGUGUAAUCAAAAAGUUCCUGCAGGGAUUCAUGGCUCCAAAACAGAAAAAGAAGAAAAAGCAAGGAGCAGAAGAAAGCAGCAAAGCUGAAGAGGUUGAUGAGGAGAAGAGGCUGGCGGAGGAGGCCAAGGUAGCAACGGCGGUAGAGAAGUGGAAGACGGCUAUCCGAGAGGCCCAGACCUUUUCCCGCAUGCAUGUGCUGCUGGGAAUGUUGGACGCUUGCAUAAAGUGGGACAUGUCUGCAGAGAACGCCCGCUGCAAAGUCUGUCGCAGGAAAGCGCUCAGGCAGCGUCCAUCUGUGCUGCAGCUGAUGGAGUCUAGGCCCAGAUCCAAACGGGGCAGCAGCAGGCACAGAGCAAGACAGGCUAGUAGUGUCAGGCAGGUCUACAUACAGCGCUGGCAGCUCCGCAGGCCAACAGGUGACGACGAGAAACUUAUCCUCUGUGACGAGUGCAACAAGGCCUUCCACCUGUUCUGCCUGCGACCUGCGCUGUACCGCAUACCUGCUGGCGAGUGGUUGUGCCCGGCCUGCCAGCCCACUGUGGCCAGACGUGGCUCCCGUUCAAGGAACUAUAACCAAGACACAGAAGAAGAUGAUGACGAGGAGGAGUCUGAAGAGGAUGACUCUGAGGAAGAUGAAGACGAUGAGGAAGAGAAUGACUACAAAGCCAUGGGGCACAGCUUGAGACCAAGGAAGAAAAAUAAGCAGUCUUCUUCUCGGCAGAAAAGUUCAAAAAGUAAAUCUAAGAAACAGUCGUCCUCUAGCAGCAAGCAGAGGACCGGCCCCAACAGCCCUGCAGACAUCGAUGAACUGGUGCGUCAGAGUUCCCAAUCAGGAGUACGCAGGCAGGCGCUGGAGCUGGAGAGAUGCGAGGAAAUCCUGAAGAAACUGAUGAAAUUCCGCUACAGCUGGCCCUUCAGGGAGCCUGUAUCCUCGGAGGAGGCCGAGGACUACCUGGACAUCAUCACGCAGCCCAUGGAUUUCCAGACGAUGCUCGGAAAGUGCAGCCAGGGCUCGUACCGGCACGCCCAGGACUUCCUGGAAGACAUAAAACUGGUCUUCUCCAACGCGGAGGAGUACAACCGGCAGGGCAGCACCGUGCUCUCCUGUAUGGUCAAGACGGAGCAGUCCUUCACCGAGCUGCUCCAGAAGCUGCUGCCUGGCCUCAGCUACCUCCGCCGGCGCUCGCGUAAACGCAUCAGCCAAGCUGCAACAUCUGAGGAAGAGGAGGAGGAGGAAGAAGAGGAAGAUGAAGAGGAGGAGGAGCAGGAAGAGGAGGAAGAAGAACCGAAGAAGAAGAUGCAGAAUGGCAAAUCAAACAGGAAGAAAACCAGAAAUGGUCGGGCACGGAGAGACGAGGAGAGCGAGAGUGAGGAAGAACAGGAGGAUGAGGAGGAGGAGGAGGAGGAGGAUGAUGAUGAUGGCAGGAGGAGAAGUAAGCGGACCUCUGCCACCUCAGGCAGGAAGGAUUACAGGGAGCAGGAUAGUGACGGCGAGCGGGACACACGGAGAACUCGGCAGCGGGAGGGCCAGGACGAUGCCGGGGGGGCGAGCAGUGACGACGAGCGCUCCAGCCAGCGACAUUCCAAGAGACGAAAACGCUCAUGAAGACCAGGGUGCUUUUUUUGUUUUGUUUCGUUUUGUCGUCUCUCUCUUUGCUUUAAAAUUUCUGUCCCGCUCUUCUAAAAAUGAUCAAGAGCCCUCCAUCUCCUCCUCCCUCAGCCAGCGGGACUUAAUCCUCAGAAGGACUUUUUUUUUUGUGUUAUUGAAUUUAUGUUCAUAUUUUGAAAAAUGACAAAAGAAAACUGAUUUAUAUUUGU